AUGACGCACGCCAGGAAUAAUGGCUCCCCAAACCCGCAUGGCGAAGACCGCGGUCUUUUGAGCCACGGGCCCGACUACGACGACGAUUACUUUGGAAUUGGCAACGAUGAGCACAGCGGCAGUGGUAGUGGAAGCACGAGCGCAGACUUGAGGAAGGCUUCAGGCAAGACCGAAUCUGAUGGGAAUGGCCAGCCUCGAACACCAGGCCGCGUGCGCUUCGACCUUACGCCCGAGAUCGUGGGAGUCAGCAAUGGACAGUCCUUUGGUGGGUUCAGAGACGACGAGAGACGGUCCUCGGAUGACGCAUAUUUCGACAUUGAAGAGGCAACGAGUCCGGCGCGAGCGCAUCGUACGCCCCUCCUGACAAACAUCGAAGCACCAAGCGUGGCCCUCGCAAACUCAAUGGGCGAUCCUUCCGAACAAGCAGAGCACGAGAUGAACCGUCCCAAGUCAGGACUCAAGUCAGCCUUCAUGAAUAUGGCCAACUCCAUCAUCGGCGCGGGUAUCAUCGGCCAGCCCUACGCCGUGCGCCAGGCUGGUCUUGUCGGCGGCAUUCUGCUACUUGUAGGCCUUACAGUAGUAGUCGACUGGACCAUCUGUCUUAUUGUUAUCAAUAGCAAGCUCAGUGGGACGAGUCAUUUCCAAGGGACUGUCGAGCAUUGCUUUGGACAGUCCGGGUUGAUCGCUAUCAGUAUUGCGCAGUGGGUAUUUGCGUUUGGAGGAAUGGUCGCAUAUGGCGUUAUUGUUGGCGAUACGAUACCUCAUGUGCUAGUUGCAGUGUGGCCGAACUUGUCGGAAGUGCCUGUGAUAGGGCUUCUGGCAAAUCGACAAGUUGCGAUUGCGGUGUUUGUGCUCGGUAUUGGCUAUCCUUUAACACUUUAUAGGGAUAUCUCGAAGCUGGCAAAGGCGAGUACGUUUGCGCUUGUUGGCAUGGUAGUUAUCGUCUGUACCAUUCUGGUGCAAGGCAUCAUGACUCCUGCAUCAGAACGAGGCUCUUUCAGUCCGUCACUUCUUCUUUUCAAUGGCGGAUUCUUUCAGGCCAUUGGUGUCAUCUCAUUUGCUUUCGUCUGCCAUCACAAUUCGCUCCUCAUCUACGGAUCUCUGAAAACACCCACUAUUGACAAUUUCUCUCGUGUCACUCAUUACUCGACUGGUGUAUCAAUGGUGUUUUGUCUCGUCUUGGCUUUGGGUGGUUUCCUCACGUUUGGCGAUAAGACUCUGGGUAACGUUCUCAACAACUUCCCUGCUGACAACACCAUGGUCAACAUUGCGCGUCUUUGCUUUGGACUCAACAUGCUCACCACGCUUCCGCUCGAGGCCUUCGUGUGUCGCGAGGUAAUGUUGACAUACUUCUUCCCUGACGAGCCCUUCAACAUGAACCGUCACCUCCUUUUCAGCACGAGUCUCGUUGUGGCAGCUCUUGUGCUGAGUCUGGUGACAUGCGAUCUCGGCGCUGUGUUUGAACUCGUGGGAGCGACGAGUGCAGUGGCUAUGGCAUAUAUCCUGCCUCCAUUGUGCUACAUCAAGUUGACGACACGGAGCUGGCGGACGUACAUGGCCGGUGCAGUGGUGGCAUUUGGCAUGGUCGUCAUGGUCAUCAGUGUGAUCCAGGCGGUACAAAAGAUGGUCAACAGUAAAGAUGGACCACAGCAAUGUGCAUAG